CUACCCUAAACCCUGGUUUCCGGCGACCGUUGCUUCAACCUGCUGCUGUUGCUGCUGCCCUGCUUGCUAGAAUACAUAUCAACAACGACUCCGCAAGAUACCGCCUGCCUACAUACCGCACCUCAUAUCGCGACCUCCCUCCCGCUUGCCCAUAACUAUAACUAUAACCCCGCUACGUACGUACGGACAACCACCGCCAUAGCAAGUAGCAAUGAAGCCAAUCACAACAGCAACCUACCAGGCCGCCUUCCUCUCGGGUAUCUCCAACAUCCUCGCGCAGGUGCUAAAGAGCUACCGCUCCUCGACCCCGCUGGAGCUCGACUUCACCCCCGUCAUUCACUUCGUCAUCUUCACGAUCAUCAACACGCCGCCGAAUUUCCAGUGGCAGGAGCAGUUGGAGGCAUGGUUUCCCGGGCAGGUCGCGGAUGAGGGUGCGAAGGGGGAGAAGGGAGAGAAGGGAGAGAAGGGGGAGAAGGCGGCGGCGAAGGCGGGGAAGACUAGACUCUCAAAAACCAAUACGGCAAAGAAGUUCUUGGCCGAUCAGGUCCUGGGCGCCCCGAUCAAUACGGCAAUGUUCCUUGCGGUCAUGGGAUGGUUCAAGGGACUCGAGGGACAGGUGCUGAUGGAUUAUGUUCAACAAAACUUCAUGCCGUUCAUGGUGGCUGGCUGGAAACUCUGGCCCGCUGUCUCGCUGAUUUCGUUUUCGGUUGUGCCGGCUGACAAGAGAGUCGUGUUUGGAAGUCUGGUGGCCCUGGGGUGGAAUACCUACGUGAGCAUGAUUAUGUAGAUGUUUCGGGAGGGGGGGGAGUGGGCUUUACUGUUACUGUUACUGUACACUGUACACUGUGUAGGGCUGUUUCUGCAUGCAUACGACUAGAAGCCACUUGCAUGACGCUUUGAUGAAUUGAUGACUUCAAUUGACUUAUUUUGGCUGAGCGGAGGAAUGUCACUUUUUCGUUAAAAC